AUGGACUUACUACAUCAUCUUGCAUUAGCCCUGAAUUUUACAUAUGAGAUAACACAACCCCUUGAUGGAAAAUGGGGUGCUCAGAUGGAAAAUGGAUCAUGGAAUGGUUUGAUAGGUCAGCUUGAACGACGGGAUGUAGAUCUAGUGGCAGCCCCUGUGUCUGUUCAUAUCACUAGGGAAAAUGUUGUCGAUUUCACAAUUCCCUAUUACUAUGACUCUCCAGCUAUUUUGUUGAAAAAACCUGAUCCGAAUGCAAAAAAAUGGAGAACAUUAAUAGAUCCUUUAAGCGAAUAUGUAAUUUUGUGUAUAUUCAUAUUCCUUCCAGUUACCUCACUUUGUUUGUUUUUCUUCGAAAAAUAUACGCCCUUCUAUAGAAGAAUAGAAAACAGAGAUAGAGUACGAGGACUUCAUCAUUUUUCUGACUCCUUGUGGUAUGUGUAUGGUGCAUUGUUAACACAAGGUGGUGAACAUAUGGCAGGUUCCUCUUCAGGUCGUACGCUUUUAAGCUGCUGGUGGAUAUUUUGCAUAAUAAUGAUGGCAACAUACAGCGGUAACCUUGUAGCCUUCCUCACUGUAACAAAAGAAAAACUGCCUUUCUCUAAUAUUGCUGAACUUGUCGAACAAGGCAGUUAUAAAUGGGGAACACACGAGGGCACUGUAUUUGAAACAAUUUUCAAGACAUCUACUCAACCAGAUAAUGUUAAGUUUUGGAAUGGAGUAGUUGCCUACAACAAAACAAACCCAAGUAUUCUAAGUCCAGAUCCUAAUGUUCAAAUACGGCUUGUAAUGGAAGGAAACUACGCUUAUGUUGGUGACCAAACUCAGAUGGAACUAGCUAUGGAUAACAAUUGUCAUCUUGCAAUGGUUCUUUCUGAUUUAUUGACAAUGCAAUUCGCAAUAGCACUUCCCAAUAAAUCUCCAUUCACAAAGAUUUUUUCUGACGAAAUGAAUGCUAUUUUUGAAAACGGGUUAUUACAGAAGUGGAAGUUAGAACACUGGCCGACACAUGGAAUUUGUGACAAUAAUCCACGCAAAGAAUCAACACCAAUAACUCUAAUAGAUAUACAUAGUUCCUUUUACGUGGUAGCCUUUGGUGUUUUCAGUGCUUCUAGUCUUCUUAUAUAUGAAUGUUUUAAGUGGAGAUAUCAGAGAAAGAGAUUGAUGCAAGACAAAGGAAAACAAAGAUCACAUGAAACUGACAUAGUAAGGACGAAGUCAAGUCUUGAAGACUGUAUGAUCUACUAA